ACAAUCAAAACAGAGAGAGCAUCCACACGACUUCAUUUGACAUUUGGUCAUUGGUUGUCUACAUGAGAAAAACAUUGGAAAUUCUGGAGUUGGUCCGCGUGUUUUGAAACUAGAUUGAAAAUAAAUUAAAAUUUUUAAGAGGUGUUCACAGAAAUUCCACAGCUACAAUGACAAAUCUAAAUGGAGGAGAUGUGGCAAAAGACCUAAAGGGAAAACAGCGCGACAGCAGUGUUAUCUUCCGUCGAAAUCGUGCUCUGGGUUAUGUUAGCAAUCACAUCCCAGCCGUGGUACGCUAUAUCCAACGACGCAAAGAUAAUCUUAUCACAACAUGCAUUGGUAGAUCGUUCCAAGUGUACACGGCAAGUCAUUUUCGCCUGCUUCAUGUGGGCGGGCAGCAUCCUGAUGAAAUCACAGCAAUGGCUACCGACCGUUGGCACAUCUAUACCGCAAGUAAUAAGUGCAUAUACGCCUGGCGAGCUGGCAAACAUGUGCGACACAUUUAUAGGGGCCAUAGCAAAAACGUCCAUUUGUUGCUGCCAUUUAAUCGACAUCUGAUUGCCGUGGAUGAGGCCAAUGUAUUAAAAGUUUGGGAUAUCAGAGAUGAAGAGGUGUAUCUGGAAAUACCUUUUAAGUCGGAAGAAUUUCUAGUGACAGCGGUGGCCCAUCCUCCAACCUAUUUAAACAAAAUUGUGCUGGGUUCCAAACAAGGUCAAAUACAGAUAUGGAAUAUUAAAGACAAUCGUUUGAUUUACACCUUUAAUGGUCAUCCUAGCAGAGUAACCUGCAUUGAACCAGCUCCGGCCAUUGAUGUGGUGGCAGUGGGCCAUCAGGAUGGUACAACAAUAGUGCUUAAUUUGAAAUAUGAUGAAAUACUAAUGGAAUUCAAGCAGGAUUGGGGUGCUGUAACGAAAAUAACAUUUCGAACGGAUGGUCCGCCAAUAAUGGCCACAGCCAGCACCAAUGGUUAUAUAGCAUUUUGGAACUUAGAGGAAAAGAAAAUUGCCAGCCAAUUGCAGGCUCACGAAGACUCUGUUACUACCACAAUAUGUCUACCCAAUGAACCUUUAGUUCUUACAACUUCACCAGAUAAUUCCAUGAAACUGUGGAUAUUUGAUAUGACCGAUGGUGGAGCAAGAAUGCUGCGCAUUCGUGAGGGUCACACAGCUCCACCAUUGUGUAUACGCUAUCACGGUAUGAAUGGACAAACGAUUCUAUCUUCUGGCGAAGACAGUUCACUGAGGUCAUUUAGUACCAUAUCUGAGACGCUCAAUAAGAGUUUCGGUAAAGCCAGUUAUAACCGGAAGGCAUCCAAAAAGAAGAAUCGAUUUGAAGAGGAUAGCCAUCGCAUGCCUCCCAUUUUGGAAUUUACCACAGAAUUAACACGCGAAAAAGAGUGGGACAACAUUGCCGCUAUUCACAGCGGCACCAUACAGACAACAACCUGGUCUUUCCAUAAGAAUCGUAUGGGCGAGCAUCGUUUGAUACCCCCUCAGUUUACUAACAAAAGUCGUAAAGAUUUCAAAACGGAGACCACCUGUGUUACAUUGACGCACUGCGGCAACUUUGUUAUUAUAGGUUAUUCGAAUGGCGAAGUCGAAAGAUUCAAUAUACAGUCUGGAAUUCAUAGAGCCAGUUAUGGUAAGCCGGCCCAUUCAGCAGCCAUAAGAGGAAUAGCAUGCGAUAAUCUUAGUCAAGUGGUGGUAACUGGAUGCAGUGCAGGUCUAUUAAAAUUCUGGCAUUUCAAAGAUAAAGUGGAAAAGCCCUUCGCCAUCAAAAAGUUAUCAGAGGGCAUUGUCUUGAUGCGUUGUCAUCGUGAAAGUGCCAUGGUAGCCAUUGCAUUGGAAAAUUUUGUUCUCGUGGUCUUUGAUAUGGAUACCAAAGUGGUUAUUCGUAAAUUCGAGGGACAUUCGGCAAAGAUCAAUGACAUUGCCUUCAGUCCUGAUAGCCGUUGGCUUAUUUCUGCUUCAAUGGAUGCCACCAUUAAAGUUUGGGAUAUACCUUCAUCAUAUAUGAUUGAUCAUUUUCGAGUGGAAAGACCUUGUGUAUCACUCACGAUGUCACCGACAGGAGAUUUUCUAGCCACAUCCCAUGUAAAUAAUUUGGGCAUUUAUUUGUGGGCCAACAAAAUGCUUUUCAAUCAAAUUUCGUUGCGUUCAAUCAAUCCUAAUUCAGUGGCACCGUACGUUGGCCUACCAACAAACAUGGCCGAUCAGUUGAGUCUCGAAGAAGCUGUUGAUGAACUAUCAAUGGAUGUAGACGACGGCGAGGAAGAUGAAGAGGGCUUGGGAGAUGAGGUCAAUUUAAAUUAUGAAACGCCAGAACAGUUAUCAAAGGAACUAAUUACCAUGUCCGGCGUGGCAGUGUCCAGAUGGCAGAAUCUAUUGGAUUUGGAAAUUAUUAAGAAACGAAAUAAGCCAAAAGCUCCACCCAAAGCCCCCAAACAGGCACCAUUCUUUUUACCCACAGUAGCUGGCCUAGAAAUGAAAUUUGAUUUGUCCAAUGCCCAAACUGAUGAAGAUUCAGAAUCGAGAGUAUUUAAGACGACAAAUCUUAAUAAUCUUACAGCUUUUGGGAAACUUCUAGAGGAGACUGCCGCCAGCGAAGAUUAUGAAAAAUGUGUCACUUUUCUUAAACAGAUGGGUCCCUCUAUGGUGGAUUUCGAGGUGAAAUCAUUGCAUCCCAUUGGCGGAGGAACGGUCAAGGCUAUGAUUCAGUUCUUGAAAACCCUCAAAUAUAUGUUCGAAUCGAACAAUAACUUUGAAUUGGCCCAGUCAUACCUGAGUGUGUUUUUACGUUCACAUAGUACUGGUUUAAUAGAAUAUCCCAGUGUAAUAAGCGCACUGGAGGAUGUGUCCGCAGUACAGGAGACUUCAUGGCAAAAAAUUGAACAAAAUCUUAUGUACGGUAUGGGUGUAGUGGCGGCACUCAGAAAUUUUGUACAAUAAGUUUGGAGCUAUGUUUCUUUUUAAUAUCUACGUUUAACUACUUCUUAAAAAAUAAUAUAUUUCCAAUAAAUGCCGAUGUGAACUUUGUAAUUUACCAACAGAUGAACCUACAUUGUGAUUAUUUUUCAAUAAUACGUAUUGUAUAUGUGUUAUGAAUUACAUAAACACCCACUGAAAGGUUUUUCUUUCAAACAUUUUAAGUUGAAUUCAGCUGAGCUGCACUGCAUGAUGUAUAUAUAUUUACUAUAAUUAAUAUCUAUAAAUUUAGUAUUACAUUGUCAUGUGUGCAUUAUUGAUUUCCUAAAGGAGUUACAUACAUAAUUACAUAUUGUCUGUGUGUAUACACCAUUCGUUGUGUACAAUAAUCAAACAAAUGGUAAUAACAGACAAACAGGACAUGUGUAUAUGCGAAUGUGUUUUCCCACCACAUCAGUCAAUUGUUUGGGUACCCAUGGCAACAACCCAUCCGAAGCACAAAGCUGACCGAUUGACCACCACAUAAGGACAAAAUAUUAAAUCGAAAUAUUGUUAUAACAGUAUCUUUUGGUGGAUUGGUUCGAAAAUCUCUUCAGUUGCAAAACCUAUUAAAUUAUUUCAUAAAACAUUUUUAAAAGUUAUCUCAAAAAAGGAAUUAAAAAUUGAUUGUGGUUGCAACAAAAUGAAACAUCAACAAGUUGUUGUGGAUUAUUGGACGAUGUUGAAAA